AUGGCAUGGGCCCCCUGGCCAUUCAGCCCCCUGAUGGUGGUGUGGUGGAUGCCGCCCGCAACGUUUCCAUGCGCCAACGAGCCCCCGAUGCGUGGGAAGCCCAUGCGCCACUGUCCUCGUCUACUUUGCUGGUCUCUGCGCACUCCUUCAUCUCAUUUCGCUAGCCUGGAACAAUCAGCCGUGGGGCCGGCUGCGUCGAGCGCAGCAAUCCUGCCCACUGGUCGAGGCCGCCUUGCCGGCUCAGGGGCCAAGCGCAGUCAGCACAGUUGCAGCGAUUGCGGCCCCUUCCUGGAACGAUCCGCCAGCGAAACCGCGCCGGCACCCAGUCCCAGUGUGAGUGGGCUCUGGUUCUGGGAUGCCACUGCGGGAUACGAAGCAGAGAUUGGUGCAAUGCUCCCCGUUCCUGGAUACGUCUGA